AUCUGCUGACAUUUCUAUAGUACCCUGCUCUGUUCGGUCUGGUACGAACUUCUCGACCGCAUUGAUAUGCCUCUCCCACGGAUAUGGCGAGCUAACCCGGCGCAAAUAGUACCGAAACCAGUUCCUCCCCAAGGACAUUAAGAUUGUCGGAUAUGCGCGGACAAAGAUGGACCACGAUGACUACAUCCGCCGCAUCAGAUCCUACAUGAAGACACCCACAAAGGAGAUUGAGCAGCAGCUCAAUGACUUCUGCAACCUCUGCACCUAUGUCUCUGGCCAGUACGACAAGGACGAGUCAUUCCAGAACCUGACCCGGCACCUUGAGGAGCUCGAGCAGGGCAAGCCUGAGACUCACCGUCUCUUCUACAUGGCACUCCCCCCCAGUGUCUUCACCAUUGUCUCCCAGCAUCUCAAGAGAUGCUGCUACCCCACCAAGGGAAUUGCGCGCGUUGUCAUUGAGAAGCCCUUUGGUAAGGAUCUUGCCAGCUCCCGGGAGCUUCAAAAGUCCCUCGAGCCCGACUGGAAGGAGGAUGAGCUCUACCGCAUUGACCACUACCUCGGCAAGGAGAUGGUCAAGAACAUCCUUAUCCUUCGCUUUGGUAACUCCUUCUUCGGCUCCACCUGGAACAGGCAGAACAUCGACAACGUCCAGAUUACCUUCAAGGAGCCUUUUGGCACCGAAGGCCGUGGCGGUUACUUUGACGAGUUCGGUAUCAUUCGCGAUGUUCAGCAGAACCACUUGCUCCAGGUUCUCACCCUGCUCGCCAUGGAGCGCCCCAUUUCCUUCGCCUCGGAGGACAUUCGUGACGAGAAGGUGCGCGUUCUCCGCGCCAUGCCCGCCAUUGAGCCCAAGAACGUGAUCAUCGGACAAUACGGCAAGUCAUUGGAUGGCAGCAAGCCAUCGUACAAGGAAGACGAUACUGUCCCCAAGGACUCGAGGUGUCCCACCUUCUGCGCCCUUGUCGCAUACAUCAAGAACGAGCGCUGGGAUGGCGUUCCAUUCAUCAUGAAGGCCGGCAAGGCCCUCAACGAGCAAAAGACUGAGAUCCGUAUCCAGUUCAAGGACGUUACCUCGGGCAUCUUUAAGGACAUUCCCCGCAACGAGCUUGUCAUGCGCAUUCAGCCCAAUGAGAGUGUCUACGUCAAGAUGAACUCCAAGCUGCCCGGUCUGAGCAUGCAGACUGUCGUCACCGAGCUUGACUUGACCUACCGCCGCCGCUUCUCUGACCUCAAGAUCCCCGAGGCUUACGAGUCAUUGAUUCUGGACUGCCUGAAGGGCGACCACUCCAACUUUGUUCGUGACGACGAGCUGGACGCCAGCUGGAGAAUCUUCACCCCUCUUCUGCACUACCUGGACGACAACAAGGAGAUCAUCCCCAUGGAGUACCCCUAUGGUAAGCCUUCGAAGUGUGUACGCCCUGUAGCCAGCUUUUUCUAACCAUUUCCUAGGAUCUCGUGGCCCCGCUGUCCUCGAUGACUUCACCUCCUCCUAUGGCUACAAGUUCAGUGAUGCGGCUGGAUACCAGUGG